CAUUUAUCGACUCAACAUUUUCAAGAAUGGCAGUUUGGGUAACAACCACCGGAUCAAACAUACCAGAGGGAGCAAUAAGGGGUGGAUAUGAAGCAGAUGGGAGACCUCUUUUCAUUGCCCGGGCACAAAUUGAGGGUAUCAUGACGCCUGGAAAAUGUGGAUUUCAUAUUCCUGGAGCUCAUAUUCCAUAUGGCAUGAAAGAACAAAUCAUCAAUCAGUAUGAGGUGUUGGUUCAUCCCUCGAGAAAUCCUGGCUUUUUAGAUUGGCAGAGGGCAUCUCAUGGACACGUGCCACCAAACGCUUACAGGACGGACCAUGAAACCUAUGUUGGGAGAGCUUUCUACCAAGGGAGUUUAGUGCCAGGGAAAAUUGCUACUGCCCACCCUCACAAGUGUGCAUACAUAGGCUAUGGAGGGAACGAAAUCAGUAUUAAGGAUUAUGAGGUCCUUUGUCAGAUAAAGUAAAACCUGAACAAAUUUGAAAUCUUUCCAUUAAGUGACAGCGGCUAAAAUGAAUAUCAAAGCCUUUUAAAGUGCAAUGAAUUAAUAUUCAUAUGUUAUAAAAAGGACCAGUUUUUACGAUUCCGUAUUUUAUAAAUAACACUAUUAAAAGCUCUGUAUAUCAACAGAUCAGAAAGAAUAAAGAUUUAAUAUCUACA